AUGACCGAAGAUGACCCUAUUGUCAAAUCAGGGGGGUUGAUUACCCCUUUGAAUAGAUUAGAUAUAGGAUACAUAUCUUUGAGUUCCAAUGCUGCCAAUAAUUAUCGUAUUCUUGAUGAAUUCUAUAAAUUUGUAGAUGAUAAAGAUUUGAAAAUUUUGAAAAUAAGUAGUAAAACUGGUAGUUUUAGUAUCAAAUCCAUAUUAAGAGAAUUAGUUCAUCAAGUUGAGUACAAAGAAGAAGAAGAGGAUGUAAAUAGUGAUAAGGAAGAGGAUGAAGGGUUUAGUGAGGAAGUUAAUGAUGAAAGUAGUACUUAUAGUCUUGAAACCUUAAGAAAUUGGCAUUUAAAGAAUCCAAAGAUUAAAUUGGUGAUAAUAUUCGAAGAUACUGAUUCCAUUGAUCCACAAAUUCUUAAUAUUUUCUUGAAACAAAUCAAUGUUAUAAAUGAUAUACCUAUGAAGGUGAUAUUUGGUUUAACAUCUUCAAACAUAUCUGAUUGGAUCAAUAAGAACAUCUUCAAUGAUUUGAAAAUGAUUUGUAACAACCAUAAAUUCGAAACCAAGUCAAACACUGAUUUAUGUUUAACAAUCUUGGAAGAAACCAUUGUCAAUUCCAAGGUAUUGAUAGAUGAUUCAUUAGUUGAUAUUAUACUUUCGAGGUUUUUCAAUAGUAACAAUUCCAUUGAUAAUCUUGUCAAUGAGAUCAAAGUCAGUCUUAUGAUUCAUUUUUAUUCCAAUAGCUUCUCACCAUUGAUUGAGAAUGAUUUGUCAGUCGAUGAUUAUGAAGUAUUGAAAAAAUUGCCAUCUUUUAAACUCCAUGUAGAAGAGAUGUUCAGUAAAAAUCAAAGAGGUGAAGUAAGCAAACAACAAGUUGAACAAUGUUUCACUGAUGCAUAUAUCAAACAACAAUUUGAUCAAUCAAAAGCUUUGUACUUCAGUUUUAAACAAAAUCUAGAAAAGAUCAUUAGCAUGUUGGGAAUUGAACCCAUUAAAGCAUAUCAACUCAUCAUUAAAGGAAGUCUCUUCAAAUCCAAAAUCUUCAAGGCUAUUUUGGAAAAUCAGCAAGAUAAAGAAUCAUUCAUAUCUGAAUUACAACAAUUAACUCAGUUUCCCGUGGUUUUCAAAGAAAUUUUCUUUAUUAAUGGUGGUAACUUCGAAAGAAAAUUACCCAAAUUGGUGGAAAAUUAUCAAAAUUUAAUGCUUAAUCUCGUAAGACCCAAUGCAAGACAAAUUAUAGAGAACAACUUACUUUCUACUCAAUAUUUAGAUAAUUCAAUUAUCUCCCAGCUGUCAAAGUUUGAACCCAUACUAAUCAAAUUAUUCAAUUUAUUAGAUGAAGCCCCACCAGCAAUCAAUCAUCAUGAUUUCUUUAUGGCUUUUAAACAUUCAUUGAAUAAGGAAGAUAUCAUAGAGGAGUUCCGCCUUGGAGAGGUUGACGAUAUUAAAUGGGAUAAAAUCUUAUUAUCAUGGUUCUUGCAAGUCUGUAAUGAAUUCAUGAUAAUAGGGUUAAUAAAGGAAAAGAGUAGAGGAGAUCAUUUUGAAAAGUCCAUCUGGAGAGGUUUAUAG